GAGCAAACGUGCCUUCUUUGCUCAGUGUAGUGGUUAAGGUUUCAUCUGGACAUACUUUGUUCCACUGGUUCAUUUCUGCACAAAGAUUUCAUGUGGGGAUAUGAAGAUGAGAGUCCAGAGGACACGGUCCCAUUCUUCCCGCAGCUUCCUUCUGAUCUAUGUGGAAAUGAGGAGGUGGGUGAACCAUUCAAGGAGGAAAAGGCUGUUGCUAAAUACCUGCGUUUCAACUGUCCAACCAAGUCUACCAAUAUGAUGGGUCACAGAGUGGAUUACUUCAUUGCCUCCAAAGCUGUGGAUUGCCUUCUGGAUUCUAAGUGGGCAAAAGCCAAGAAAGGAGAAGAAGCCCUGUUUACCACUCGAGAGUCUGUAGUUGAUUAUUGCAACAGACUUUUAAAGAAACAGUUUUUCCACCGAGCUCUAAAAGUGAUGAAGAUGAAGCCAGACAAGGAUGCAAAGAAAGAAAAGGAAAAAGAGAAAGGAAAGACUGAAAGUGGAAAAGAAGAUGAGAAAAAGAGCAAAAAAGAUGGUGGAAAAGAAGAAAAAGCUAAGAAGGAGAAAGAGAAGGAAAAGAAGAAGGAUGGUGAGAAAGAAGAAGGCAAAAAGGAUGAGACUCCUGGCACGCCUAAGAAGAAGGAGACAAAGAGAAAAUUCAAACUUGAGCCUCAUGAAGAUCAGGUUUUUCUGGAUGGAAAUGAGGUAUAUGUGUGGAUUUAUGACCCAGUUCAUUUUAAAACAUUUGCCAUGGGACUCAUACUUGUGACUGCUGUUAUAGCUGCAACUCUCUUCCCACUCUGGCCUGCAGAGAUGCGAGUAGGAGUUUAUUAUUUGAGCGUAGGUGCGGGAUGUUUUGUGGCUAGUAUUCUCCUCCUGGCUGUUGCCCGCUGCAUCCUCUUCCUUAUCAUCUGGCUGAUAACUGGCGGAAGACAUCACUUCUGGUUCUUGCCAAACCUGACUGCUGACGUUGGCUUCAUUGACUCCUUCAGGCCCCUGUAUACACAUGAGUACAAAGGACCAAAAGCUGAUUCAAAGAAAGAUGAGAAGUCUGAAUCCAAAAAGCAACCAAAAUCUGACAGUGAGGAGAAAUCUGAUAGUGAGAAAAAAGAAGAUGAGGACAGCAAAGCUGAUCCACUGGGAGGCUUGGGAUCAGAAGCUUCUGGCGGAGAGCGGAAUUCGGACACAGAUAGUGAUAGGCGGGAGGAUGACCGGUCCCAGCACAGUAGUGGCAAUGGAAAUGAUUUUGAAAUGAUCACAAAAGAGGAACUUGACCAGCAAACGGAUGAAGGGGAUUGUGAAGAGGAGGAAGAGGAAGAGGAGGAGGAGGAGCAAGAUACUAGGCCUUUACAUGAACAAUCUUAAUUCAGCUGUAGUUUGGGACUAAAUUUUGUGCAGACAGUUGGAUUUUCUAUGUUGGCUGCUACACCAUCUUGAUAGCAUUCAUUUCUUCCUUAUUUGCUGAAAUAUACAGAUGCAGCUUAGCCAAACAGCUUUAUAACAUAGUUCUUAAUUUUUUUUACAAACAGAAGAAAACCACUUAACUUGAUAGUUGUUGUAAGUAAUCUAAUAUACGCUUACAAAGGCCAUCUGUUUCACAACUUGUCAGUCAGAUAUUUUGGUCUGCUUAAGUCAUCAAAUAUACGGAGGAAGGUAGUUCUUUUAAUAAUAUUUUGGGAAAUUGCAUGUUUUCAGUAACUACACUUUUCCAGAAUAGUAAUUUAAAAUGGCACCUGUUGCAUUUAUUCCUAAUAGCUUAAUUUGAUUGAUACUUACAACAAAGUACUUUUCAGUUCAUUCUAUUUAUAUUGUUAUUAAUCCUCAUAAAACUGUAAGACUUUUCUUAGCACUUUUUGUUUAAGAAUCCCCCCCCCCCUUAAGACAUAUAAGUUAAUGCUGACUUGGCUGUAGGGUUUUAAACUUUUUAACUGUGUGUGACCAACUUAGGAAAUCCAGACUGUUCUGUCCAUCUGGUUCAGAGCAAAGAAGUCAUCUUCAACAGGUGGGGGGAGCAUAAUUUGGAGGUUAUAGCUCUUGUCUUGACUUGCCCCAUCAUAAUACAAGAAGUGUAUUCUGUACAUAACAUACAAAUAAAGCAACCCCCUUAUUUUACCUGUUACUUAUUAUUUGGAGGAUUUAUCCAGUUUUCAAUUUGUAUAAUUAAAAGCCAUUUCAGAAUGUGUGCGUGUAAGGGAAAUGCAAGUCACAAGGACCUAACAGAAUCAGUGAGAUUGGCAGCUGUGUUCACUACUGCUUUAGUUUUGUGCCAACAUUCCACGUAUUCAAGUCCAAGUAAACUGAUUCUAAUUCAACAAAAGCAGACAGCGUAGCUCUGUGUAUGCCUUAAUGUUAGUCUUUAAUUUCUUUCUGUCUUCAGAAAGUGGAGUACUGUAUUUGAUGAGUAGACACUGCCAUGAGAGAGGAUAGGCUUGGCUUGAACAUUAAAAGAAGCUCAUAAAAAAGAUUACCAAGACCAAAUAAUUUCUUGAAAUCUUGAAGGAGUUCUGAUUGUUCACUUUCUCUCUUAUGCAUCCCUCAUUUGACUGACUUGGAAGACCAUUGUGUGUUUAGUUCUAUAAACAUUUUUAAAGUUAAGACUUUACAUCAUUCCUCUGAAUCAUUGAAUUUCAGCCUAAAACUGAAAUUAUGAAUACAGAUUCAGUUCUUUCUUAGCAAAGUGACUGUGAAGAGAUAAUGCUAGUUACUUGCUUGCAUUUUCGAUAGCUGACUUAACAGAUCUCUCCUUUUUUCCUUGAACUGCUUUUUCCAUCACCAGUGUUUUGACUGAAGAUGUUAAUUUUUUCUGAUUGUGCAAAUAUAUGCAUUUUAUGUGUGCAUUGAUAAAAACCAUUCACAAAUGU